AUGACUGACAAUAUUGAUACUUCUCAGCUCUGGAUCUCUGGCAUCGAGGUCAGGUACGGAUGCCAGCCCUCUCAACGGCCCCCGGAACGUGUGCUCGAGGAGGGCGGCAAAAGCGAGAACAUCAACGAGGGAUUAUGCGGAAAAUACGUCUGGCUCGUCCCUCAGUAUACGAGACGCGAGUACCAGGCCGCCACCGGGUUCGAGGUCGUCAUCCAGUGCCUCCCGGACAUGUCCAAAAAGAACCUGUCCAAGCGUGGAGGGGGCAAGUACCGCUAUCUUCUCCCCAUCAUGGACACCAGGCAAAGGCGCAAAAUCGUCCAUGUGGUGCUGCUCCGCCAAUCGCAAGAUCUUCCUUGUGUGCCUCCCGGCUGGGACGGAGCCACUGGCAAUAUCAAUGAGGGCCGGGGCAACUCAUUCCUGUACCUGCUUUGGAAGACAGAGAGCGUCCAGUGA